UACCUUUAAUGUAACAAAUUGAUCUUAGAUAAGAGUGUGUAUGAAAAAAAGAACAGAAAAAUCCUUGUCUUACUAAGCAAACGCAAUCAUUUCGAUCCAGUCUCGGUAGAGAAUAAAAUAUAUACAUAAGGCCAAGUACGUAGCCUUGUAAGCUUAGCGAACGAGUAAUCGUAGGUAUGCGAUAUAUUUAAACUUAUAUACUGCUUAUAUCACGAAACAUCCACAAUAAGCAAAAAGUAAAUAAACCUAAAGAAGAUGAAGAUCUAAACAUGAGAAAGUCUCAUCGCGCAAUAAUUGGGGAAUAUUCUUCACUUGAAAAAAUAUCUAUAGUGUCUUUCCGUAAAUUAAGGCUGUUUUUCUAGCGUAUUGUAAAAAAAAAUUUCUCGGAUACUCGUAUCUUUUAAUAUGUGAUAUAUUCAUUGUUUUAAACUGGAAUAGGUUUUGAAAGUACCGCGUCAAUUUCCAAGCAUCCGAGAUACAAACUGUAAAAUAGAUAUUUAUUAGAGCAAUUUCUUUAUUGCUAACAAAGUUACACCAUAGAGGGGAAAGGAAAUAAAUGUACUGAUUAUACGAUACACACGCGCGUGCAUCCACACACGCAUAUAUUCCCAUCCUCUUCUCCGCUCUGCUCUUCCUAUCCCUUCUCUAUACACGAUGACAUCAUGAUAGUCGGCGAUAAAGUUUCACGACGAAGAAUCUUUUCCUGGAACGUACUUGGCCGUUUGUGUAUGCUGUACAUAUACUGCUGAGAAAUUAAAUAAUUCAAUCGUGACAUCACGCCCAGAUGCCCAGGCUUAAGGUUGGAUCGUGGCUUAUUGAGAUAAAUUGAAACGAUUAAAUAAAUGCCCUUUAAAGUUAAUAUUAAUCAUACUAAACGUACGUCCUAUUAUUAUUGAUGUUAUCCAGUUUAUGUCAUUCUGUCGCAUUUAUAUCGAUAUGAUUUGUUUUAUGUGUUAAUCGCGAAUCUUAUUAAUAAUGACUACCGCUGAUAAACUAAUGUAGUUAAACAAUGUGGCAUUAGACGUAUUGCCGGGAAACGUUAAUUAAAUGCAUCGCGUUUGUGGCAAGUCUAAGUGAUAUCUGGCUGGAAAUCCCGUGACUAAUCGGGAGUCAUCUAAUUAAUGUGUGGCAAGUAAUAAUGAAAGUUAAUUAUAUCUAAUUGUCGUUAUUGUUCACACUAUCUUUUCUUUCAAAUAAAUGGCAUUUUUCGUCUUGCCUGUAAGCUAUAGUUUAUUAUCUUGCAACUAACAAAAAAGAAGCUUCAACUUUUGCUUCAACAGUACACGUGGUUAAGGAGAGAAGACAUUCUAAGGAGAAAAAGGAGGAAAUGAACAUAUAAAAGAGUUAUAUGAACUGAUUGAAAUAACGAAAUUUCUCUUCUUCCUAUCUCUUUGACCCAGUUCAUUACAUGCGCUCGACUAACGCGUGAGAUAUCUCAUUACUUGGUCUGAGCAGACCAUCGCAUGAUGACUAAUUACUAUUGCGAUUUUAGAAUUUUCUUUUAACGUGACGUUAAUAAAGGAAUUUAUGUGACCGCUUGAAACCUCAAGUGAAGAAAGCACGAUAAAUUGUCUUUGUGCAGAAGUUACGGUCGGGAUCACCGCAAGUGAAAUAUUGAUGUUUCACUUCUAUGAAAUUAAAUUCGAGUUUAAAUCAAUUCAAUCAUCAUAUCUGACAUUAUUAUUAGUAGAUUAUUUUUCAUUUGAUGUAAGAAAAAUAAUAACGUUUCAUAUUAAUGUUAUUUACUCAUUGAAAAGUCAGAGAUGUGCGACACUGUCGAAUUAUAUUUUGCUAAUUUUGAAGGAAAGAUGUAAGCGUUUGUGGGAACUGUACGGUCUGGACGAUCCAGGUCAUUUUCACACAGAAGGAUCGCUGGCCUUGAGAACGAGUUUUGAAUACGGGAUUUGAAACCAUUAUCUCUCUUUCCUUGGCCACAAACUUGUAAUUAUAUGUAUAUAAUUGUAUAUAUAUAUAUAUUUUUUUUUUUUAUAUUUAAUAUUUUGUAAAUACUACGAAAAUAUUCUCGGAUAACGCAACCUUCUCAAGUGUAAAAAUGUCGUAAAAGUAUUGGAGAAUAAAAGUUGUUUUUACGAUUAAUACAAUAUUGAAUAUCGCUGCAAUAAUGUUCUACAAAUAAUGUGUGCUCGCUGAAAUACAUGUAUUAUUGCUUCAACGGCUUCAGCCUUGCAGUUAGCAGGCAUUGGUAACAAUCUGUAGUGCAUUGGUUGCCACAACGUGGCGUUGCUAUCGCAGUGACCAGCAAUGGAAGAGAAGUAAACAAAAGAUCCGUUGAGUUUCAUUCAGUCGGAUAUGCCUGGAGUGAAACGGUAAUCCUAUUGCUCUCCCAGAACGUGUCGUGUGGCUUUUCCACGGAUAAAGUUAGGAAACGUCGCACAGAAAAGAAGAUUGAAAUGCUUCCGUCGAAAAACGACGUCGAAUCAGCCGCAUCGAAGAAGAGCAACUCAAACGUGAAAUGCAGCUUAAAUAUGAAUGUUAAUAUUUCAAACAAAAAGAAAGAUGACAUUCUAGAAAUAAAGCCUUGGAAGAUCUUUAAAUUAUGUAUAUCGCUUUUCUUUCUCGUCGCCUUGAUAAUACUUUUAUACAUCAAUGACAAAAAGUAUGAAAUGCAGAGGGACACGUUAAAUAAAAACAUCGUCCAGUUGGAACAUCAAUUUGAUAAGUUGGAUCGAAACAUAAAACGCACUUAUGAUUUCAUUAGCGCGAUGAGGUCUUCUCUUAUUCACAAUAUUUCAAAGGUCUACAGAAAUUAUGACAACAACAAUAACAAGUUUAAUAUAUAUUCUAAUAAGGCACUUUUGCCUGUUUGGAAUCAAUCGACAAAUCACCAAAACGGUGUGAUUGAAACAAAUUCCAAAACUAAUGUAAAUAGUAUCAUGAUGUCGUUAAUGAGGUCUGAAAACAAUUUAAUCGUCGAUUUUAACAAGACACUACAUUUUCAAGACAACAAGAAAGCCUUACUGACUUCAAAAACACAAAAUCUCAGGAAAACAAAAGAUGAGAGAACCGAUAUUGAUGAUAUGUUAAUUUCUGAGAAAGUAUCGCGGACUAAGCGAUUACGAAGAGAUAAUGGAAGAGAUAAAGGAAGCCAGCAGAACAAAAAGAGGGUUCACUUUCGCAAGCGAGAUCCGCUGGUAGCUACGUUCAUUGGCGCAAUACCGAAACAACGUAUUACCAACACAGCUCAAAUUGGGCCAUGGAUGAAAAGCAAUAGGACCGAUAUGCAAUUUAGUUUCACUAAGUUUCGUUUGGUGGAGGACAAUAUGUCGAUUGAAGUUGCCAUUAGUGGUUUAUUCAUGAUAUCUGUACAGAUCUUCUACAAUGGGGAAUCAGAAGAAUCUUCUUAUUACGUAUUGUUAUAUUCUGAGGGCACGUCUAAUGCAAAACGACUCGUUACAUGCGCCACUGUUACUUCUAAUAUUACUGGGGAAGUAACAUGUUAUACAAGUAUAGUUACUUAUCUACAAAAAGGCGACAGACUAAGUGUGCAACAAAAGGAAGAAGAUAGUUUUAGAUUGAUUGAUUUGAGAGAGGGACAAAGUCAGAUACAACUUGUGAUGCUUGCUGGGAUCGGGCGGAAAACAACGAAGUCAUAGUUCACUAGAUCGUAGAUGUAAAUAUAUUCUCAUUACGACAACAAUAAUGUUUAUAACGUUGAUGAGCCAAUAAUUGUGACUAAGAUAAUUAGAAUUAGUGAAAAAUGAAGCUCAUAUAGUAAUUAGAGAGAGAGAGAGGGAGAGAGAGAGAGAGAGAGAGAGAGAGGGAGGGAAGGAAGGAAGGAUUUUGGGAAAAAAUGACUAUAUGAUAUAUGAAACAUUUUAGAAUUGUAAAUUGUAGAAUUCAUUGUAAAUAUGUGCAAACUAGACUUCGCAAUUUGGCUCUUAUAUAUCCGUUGUUUUACAUAAUUUUGAUUUUAAUUCUUAUAAUCGAUUAA